AUGGCGGCGUCCACGUACGAGUCUCGCGACUCUAUCCAGGAUGCCUACGGUGGCCGCACCCCGUACAAGCAUGAAUGGCCGACGCGACUUGAUAUGCGCGUCCUAGACACGCCGGAUAAAUGGGUACAAAGUGCAUGUGUGUUGUGCAGUAAUGGUUGCGGGCUGGAUAUUGGGGUCAAGGAUGGCCGUGUGGUGGGUAGGGACAAAUGGCUCACUUGGGAUAUUUAUAGCUGGGAGUCCAUCCACCAUCUGGAGAGACUGACGCACCCACUCAUCCGGCGCAAUGGCAAGCUCGAGCGGGCGUCGUGGGACGAAGCUAUGUCGCUGAUUGUGGACAAGGCGAAGGAGAUACGACAGCGGUUGACCAACCAUGGCAUUGGGUUCUAUACCUCUGGUCAACUGUUCUUGGAGGAAUAUUAUGUCCUAGCGAUGAUCGGUAAGGCCGGGUUGAAUACUCUCCAUAUGGAUGGCAACACUCGCUUGUGUACGGCCACUGCGGCGGCCAGUAUGCGUGAGUCCUUUGGUAGUGACGGUCAACCGGGAUCUUAUGGAGAUAUCGACUAUACGGAAUGUUUGUUUAUCGUCGGCCAUAACGUGGCAAAUACACAGACGGUCUUAUGGUCUCGAAUACUAGAUCGCCUCGACGGGGCGUCUCCUCCGAAGCUCAUCGUGGUUGAUCCGCGCCGGUCGGAAACCGCGAAGAAAGCCACGAUUCAUCUGGCACCCAAGAUUGGGACUAAUAUGGCACUGCUUAAUGGUCUACAGCAUCUAUUGUUCAAGAAUGGCUGGAUUAACGAGGAAUUUGUCUCGCAGCACGUGGUGAGGUUGCAGCAGCUUGAGGCUGUAGUCGAGGAAUAUACCCCGGAGUAUGUGAUGCGAAUUACCGGCGUCCCUACGACAUUAUUAGAAGAGGCAGCUAGGAUAAUGGGAACUAGCAGUAGCCUGGUAUCAACUGCUCUGCAAGGAGUUCAUCAAUCUAACCAAGCUACGGCAGCUGCCUGUCAGAUCAACAAUAUCAAUCUGCUGCUUGGACACCUUGGGAAGCCAGGAAGCGGUAUCCUUCAGAUGAAUGGCCAACCGACUGCUCAAAAUAACAGGGAGGCCGGAUGUGAUGGUGAAUAUCCAGGGUUUCGAAAUUUUCAAAACCCGAAGCAUAUGCAGGAGAUCGCGGAUCACUGGAACAUGUUUUGGGUGUCGGGCACGAAUCCACUGGUCAGCCUACCCAAUCUACAUCGUGUCCGAGACCUGUUUACCAAGCCAGACCUCUUCCUUGUCGUACAAGAUAUCUUCCCUACCGAGACAACAGCUGUGGCAGAUGUGGUGCUGCCAGCGGCUCAAUGGGCAGAGAAAACUGGAUGUUUCACCAACGCUGACCAAAACAUGCAUCUCUCGCAGAAGGCCGUCGAGCCACCAGGAGAGGCUAAGGCUGACCUGGACAUCUUCUUGGAUUUCGGGCGGCGGAUGGACUUUGAGAACAAACAUGGAGGGCCUCUGAUCCCUUAUACCACACCGGAAGAAGUCUUCGAUGCAUGGAAAGGGAUGUCAUACGGCCGUCCCUGUGACUGCAGCGAGCUCACAUACGAGAAGCUCACUGGCGGAUCUGGCAUUCAAUGGCCCUGUACUAAGGAGUAUCCGAACGGCAAAGAGCGCCUGUUCACUGAUGGCAAAUUCUUCACCGAUCCAGACUACUGUGAAGACUUCGGGCAUGAUCUCGAGACUGGAGCGCCAUGUACUCGAGCACAAUAUCAAGCCAUGAACCCCGCUGGACGAGCCAUUCUCAAAGCUGCGCACCACAAAGCACCCCUUGAAGCUCCCGAUGAUCAGUUUCCCUUGCUACUUUCGACCGGUCGAAACGUUUUCCACUUCCAUACACGGACCAAGACAGGAAGGGCCAGGCGGCUCCAGCAAGCCGACCCACAGCCAUUUGUUCGCAUAUCUGAAGCGGAUGCGAAAGAUCUCUAUCUCUCGGAGGGAGAAAUGGUUGUAGUGAGAUCCCGGCGUGGCAGUGUAGAGCUCCCGGUGAGAAUUGGGGAGAUCAACGAAGGACAUGUUCUUAUCCCGUUCCACUUCGGCUAUUUUGAUUCAAAAGACCUGCGAGCGCGAGCCGCAAAUGAGCUUACGGUUGACGAGUGGGAUCCUGUUUCCAAACAGCCGAUGUUCAAAUCUGGCGCGGUUCGAAUCGAGAAGUGCAUUCAGAAGGAGGGUGGAAAAGAAACCCACUCCAAGGAAGAACAGACUGCAGCCAUCAGAAGUGUUGAACAGAAGAAGGGACAAGGAGAGAUGUCGGUCGCAAAUGCGCCCAAGAGCCAGGAUCCCGCCGACGAGCGUAUCCGGCGACUGGAACUCUGGCUGGGUGCCACAAACCAGGCUCUGGAAGUCCUCAACGACAUUUAUAAGGAUUUGAUUCCGCGUCUAGUACACGACUUGGAGGUAUACUCAGGACUCGAGAUCAUGCGUCGAAUAACUCUGGGCAUUCUGCGCAAGUUCAAUCCAAUAAUCUCGAGAUACCAUGAGAGUCGCCAGUCCGGCCGGAAGGUUGCUGCAAACCUUCGAGAUAGCCUUUUCCCUGAUGUUGAAGAAGGGAGUGAUGCAUACGAGGCAUUAGUCGCAUUGCAGGCCCUAGACACCUUUCUUACAUACAUUGAAGGGCACCUAACGGCACUGUCGCCAGCAAGCCAGGCGCUGUGGGACGUUGAGUUUGUUGACGCUGUGGAGUUCGCUCAAAAAGGCAUUCAACGACAGAAGGCGUGGGUUACCCAGCAUAUCAAGGUCAAAAGCCCCCAGACUUUGCUCGUUCCAGUGGCAGCACCGGGCGAACUGCAUUCCGAUGAGUCGACUUUGUCGGGGCAUCUACGCUGCUGA